AUGCCCCGCAGAGCAGCGGCGCCUCCUCCUCACAACCCCUCAGAGCAGCGGCGCCUCUCCCUCACAACCCCCCAGAGCAGCGGCGCCUCCUCCUCACAUCCCCCCAGAGCAGCGGCGCCUCCUCCUCACACCCCCCCAGAGCAGCGGCGCCUCUCCCUCACAACCCCCCAGAGCAGCGGCGCCUCCUCCUCACAUCCCCCCAGAGCAGCGGCGCCUCUCCCUCACAACCCCCCAGAGCAGCGGCGCCUCUCCCUCACAGCCCCCCAGAGCAGCGGCGCCUCCUCCUCACAUCCCCCCAGAGCAGCGGCGCCUCCUCCUCACACCCCCCCAGAGCAGCGGCGCCUCUCCCUCACACCCCCCCAGAGCAGCGGCGCCUCUCCCUCACAACCCCCCAGAGCAGCGGCGCCUCUCCCUCACACCCCCCCAGAGCAGCGGCGCCUCUCCUCACAACCCCCCAGAGCAGCGGCGCCUCUCCCUCACAACCCCCCAGAGCAGCGGCGCCUCCUCCUCACACCCCCCCAGAGCAGCGGCGCCUCCUCCUCACAACCCGCCGGAGCGUUCUGUUUGCGGCCGUGUGCACUAGACAUCAGCCAACCAAUGGCACGCCAUGCUCAUCUGAUGGGCGAAUGGAGUGCAGGGGGGGGAGAGCCGCACAGCGCUGGCUGCAGCAGCAUGGCAGUCAACGCCAGUCAACGCCAUCAAUGCGAGUCCUCGAAACCCGCGCCCAUGCCAUCGCUGCCCUUAUGGCGUGGCGAGCGGCAGUGGCAGCGCGGCAAGCCGCAUGGAGGCAGUGAGCGCGCGCCUGCUCGCCAUGCAGGAGACGCGGGGAGACGUGGUGCUGCUGCGGCACUGGAGCGAGUGCUGGGCGCUCUGCCGGGGCAGCGCGUGCACGCGGGCAGCAAGGAGCCGUGCACUGUAGGGGGGAAGGGCGCGGGGCAGGGGAAUGGGGGAGGCAGUGCAGGGGAGGCGGGGGAGAGGGAACACGGGGCAAGCGAGGGGGGCUGGGGAGGGGAAGGCGUGGCGGCGUUUUGCAGCGGAGCGGGGGAGGCUGUGCUGCGGCACAUGGAUGAUGAGGAGCCGCGCGUCAGGCUGGCAGCAGCGGAGGCGCUAUGUGCCCUCUCGCACUACGGGUCGCUGCCCGCCACCCUCACCCUCUUCAGGCCGAAUGGAAUGCAGGCAGCAGAGCAGAAGGGCGGUGGCUGCAGCAGCAUGGCAGUCCUCAUCACCCACGCCCACUCUAUCGCUGCCAUUAUGAGUAGCAGCGCCUGUCCCUCACAGCCCCCCAUAGCAGGGGCGCCUCUCCCCCACAGCCCCCCAGAGCAGCGUGAGAUGACAGGUAUUGGGCAGAGUGGGUUUGGUGGUCAGGUGGAAGGUGCUGGUGGUUGUAGUGGGUAG